ACUCCGAUGCUCAUCUCUGGUGGCCGCCCAAGUCUCGAAUCGAUGAUCCAGCGCUUUCGCCCACUCUGCACUUUUGUAGUCCCGUCCAAAAGUAUUUACACAAGCGCUAUACAUACUCGUCUGCGCAGUUACUCAAGAACUUGAAUUAUUAUUGAAUAUCAAAUUAACCGAGAUGCAGCCGAAGAGAUCGUGCACGUGAUAAAUCCUUCCCUCGCACUGAUCGACACUAAUCAUUGCCAAACACUUUUUUCAUGCCAAAAACUGCGACGAGAAGUGGGUAUUACGAUGAAAACAUGGACGUCACAGGAGUAGACGAGGAACGGGAAGUUGAUGAACUAUUGGAGGACAGGACAGACACAGUCACAGAUAACCAAGAGCUGAUGGCAAAACUUCACGAGGCCUGGCAAAUGAUAUGGCCGCUGCAUGUCAUCAUAGAAUGGGUUGAAAAACAGCCUCCGUGUGCAGCGUGUGUGUCACAAUCACGCAAAUGCUACCCUUCAUCGCAAAAGGGUUCGUUGCGUUGUGUGCCAUGCGCACGUUCAAGGGCCAAACCGUGUCCACGAAAACGCCAGUUUCAAAUUGAAAAAUCGGCUGAAGUGCUUCAGCUGACGAUUGAACAGGUUGAGCGGCUCGCACAGCAGGCGGACGCCUCCCCUGUCAAAUUGCCAGUUUCCAACAAGCUAUGGAGGAGUACCACCGAAAAAAACCUUCGUCGUAUUGCACGCAAGUCCUUACCUGGGGGUGCGCACGCCAAGAAUAAUGAAGAUCUGGAUGCCUCGCAAAUUAUUUCUGCCCCUGCCCCGAAUCUCGAACCUCUUUCCCCAGCCCACUCUUCUACCGUUCAAAAUCCAUCGCGACUAUCCCAGAACGCUCCUACCAACUUAACAAUAAGACUUCCAUCUGCCGGCCAGGGUGCAUAUGAACAACGAACCCACCUGGUGGAGCCCGAUCCAACACCUGAAGCUCCUAUUCAUCAUUCGCCUGUCAUUCCUCAAGACUCUCACGUCGCUAUUCAGGAUGUGUCACCCAACGAACGUGCGCUCAGUAUUCUUUCUUCACCACCCUCCUCCGUAGCAGACGGCCCGCCAUCACUUGAUGUGGAUGAUCCAUCUAUCGGAGAUGUCCAGCCUCAACCACUAGUGUUUCAAAAUGGUAAUCCAGCACCCACAGUUCUUACACUUGCUGGAAUCGACGCUGAAAUCGAAGAGGAAUUCGAUGAGAUCCCGGUUGUUUUUGCAAGCGAAUUGGAUCGCGCUGAAGAGGAGAUUGCACGACUUAAGUCUGCCUUGGAAGCACAGGAGAAGGAAGUCGCAAGGCUCCAACGUAAUCUCAAACGACGAGACGAGCAACUCGAGGACAUUCGCGAAGAACUUGACGAAGUCAUUCAUCUCCCUACUCCUCGCGCAACGCCAGCCUCAGAACAUGAAAAUAGUAUGCGAAAGUAUACCGCCUGUCAGUAUGUUGCACGGACUCUGAGAGCCCUGCGCGUAGAUGCUGAAACGGAGGAGGAACGAGAAGCUCUGUUAUUAAAGGCAGAGCGCCAUCUUGGCAGACUCGCUAAUGUGGAGAUGGAAGGCAUAUGGGAUCCCAAGGCCGAUGCAGACGCGCUCUUCAUGGGUCUUGUCAAUGGGUCUUCUGCGAGAGCUGCGAGACACAUGCAAAGAGGAACGGCUAAUCCUACUCCAGCCAAGAUUUCUACGUCUGCAUCCACGAUUUCCCAGCAACGCCCGACUAAACGGAGACGACAGGGAGACUCGGAUUAGCUGUGAUAUUAUUUGAUAUCAGUGCAAGAGCGGUCAUCCAGACCCAUGUUUUGAUGCGUGUACGAUGUUGUACAAUUGCGCACGUACAACAUACGCAUGUGAUAGCAGAUAUUUAGCUUGAGUGUUGUACGAAAGUGUUGUUCGUCAUGUUACUGAUGAUGAUGUACGACCAGCUCUCUACAGUUGCAACCUGAACCUUGACGUCGACAUAUGAUUUGGAGGGAUCGGGCUCGCUAACUUUGUAUCUUGUUCAUACUCCAGUGUGUUUUCAGUGACCACCGCACCACUCAUCGACAGGUAUAUACUUAUGGCAAACCAAUUUUGAAAUUGCCGUCCUGACAUAUGUACAAAUACCCUAGGUGCCAAUCAAAACAUUGUGAAUGGGUACUAUCAUGUUCCACUUGUGCCUUACAUAUUCUAGUCUACUCUCUGCACUGCCUUAUCUGUGAUCCUGUGUGACUGCUUGCUCUGAAUCCGAC